AAAGAAAAACGGAAAUCGACUUCAACGUUCAUUUAUCAAACCGCUUCAGUAUCGUAACAAGUUCUUCAAUGUGCGGAAGUUUUUGCCUUGAUUUAAUCAGAUUUUUAGCAUAUCAUUACAGUGUUCAGCCAACAUGUUAAAAUUUUUGGAGGUUUUACCAUUUUACACAGUUUUCAUUUGGUUUACCGCAUCUCAAAUAUUAGCUGAACUUAACUGCACAACGACGUGUAAUUCGACGGAUGUGAUCGUGACCUGUAAUGGAUCGUCUACCCCCAUUCCACAAAACGUUACCAUACUUCACAUCCACAACUACAGCAGAACUUUGGACUCUCUUUGCAAGAAGAGAGGUUACGAAAAACUACGCAUACUAGACGUAUCCAAAAACAAAUUAGAAAAAAUUACACAAGGAUGUUUCUCUACCUUUCCGUCGCUCGAGAUCCUUAUCAUCAGCAACAACGAACAACUUGGAUUCAGCAAUUUCUACAAUGCGUGUUACGGACUCAAUGCAACCCAAAUAAAAGAGAUUUAUGCCAACGAUAUCAACCAAAAGAUGGUGAAUUAUCCGUUUCCAAAGAAUAUAUCUCUUGUGCUUCAGAAUACAUCACUUCAGACUUUACACAUUGAGUACAACGAAAUUCGGAUUGCAGAAAUUGGAGCCAUAUAUUACUUGCCACAGACACUGCGAAACAUUUCUGUCCGCGGAAAUCGACUUGAAACGAACACACGUUUCUUUGAAAUGCUACAUCUCAACAAGCUUCUUCGACUGGACAUUAGUUACCAAUGCACAUCACGUAAAUUUCGUUCAAGGUCACGGAGACACGUGCGAUUUGUAACAGGAGAUUCCAAAAACCAUACGGGUAUAGAAUGUUACGAUACACGAGAAAGUGACGUUCUGCGAAUUCUACCAAAUAGUCUCCGAGAAUUAAUAGCCACAGGCGCUGUUUCUGGGUCCUCCUGCAUUCCUUUCCUGAGCACCCAGAACCACAGCACGUUGGAGUACAUUGACAUCUCACGUGCUGGUUACGAUAGAUGGAUCGGCCCCAUUAACGACACAGAAUCAAGCAUCAAGACCCUAAUUCUAUCGUACAACCAAUGCUACUAUAUCAAAGAUGGAUUUUUUAACAAUUUAAAAAACCUUACCACUUUGGAUAUUAGUUUCAAUUACUUAUAUAUUUUUUUCCGUCGCAGUAAGAAAUCAAAUGUGUUCCAGGGGUUGCCAUCUUUGAAAUCUUUAUCCCUGAGUUACAACAGGUUAAGCAAAUUACCUGAAAAUCUUCUGAAAAACAACCUAAAUUUAGAACGACUCAACAUCAGUAACAACGCCCUAGAGACGUGGACAGUGGAUAUCAGUCAUCUUAAACAGCUUACUUACAUCGACUGUUCCUCCAACAAGCUUGCAAAACUUCCCAAGUCUGUUAGAGACAGUCUGGACGAGGCAAGUCAUUUCCAAAACGUGACGUUGGAUUUUCACCAAAAUAAGAUCUUAUGUACCUGUGAUAACCUGGACUUCAUCAACUGGCUUUUCACAUCAAAGGUGAAUAUACUUUUAGCGAAAAAGGACGAGUGCACAAUAUACAAUGGUAAUAUAUCACAAGCUCAUAGACACUUAAACGAGGAAUGUGGCAGGAAUAACGGCGGGAAAGAAUGGCUUUAUCCUGUUCAAUUCAUUGGUAUUCUUUUCAUUCUCUCUGUUCUAGCGGUCGUCGGGUACAAGAAACGAUGGGCAAUUAUAUAUCGUUGGUACCUGAUUCGUCUGCAGAGAAAAGGGUAUACUCCCAUUGGGGGAACAGAAGAUAGCUAUGAGUAUGACGCGUUUCUCUCGUUUGCUGAUGAAGAUAGGUCAUUCGUUGACAAAGUUAUAGAAGAAUUGGAGAAAAAUCCCGAUACCCAGUUUAAAGUCUGUGUUCAUUAUAGGGACUUUACUCCGGGCAAGUCCAUCUCUAGAAACAUUGUGUCUGCCGUGCAUUCCAGCAGGAAAACAAUCGUUUUCAUGUCGCGUGCCUACCUCAAAAGUCACUGGUGCAAACACGAAUUGUGUAUGGCAAUGACGGAAGAGAACCACAUGGAUCGCAAAGUUAUCAUUAUGACCGUCCUUGAAGACAUCCCUAAGAAAGAGCUGUCCUUGGAUGUUUUACACUACUUUAAAAAGAAGAGCUACAUUGCGAAACCAAACAACGAGCAAGAAAUGAAACUGUUUUGGAAAACUUUGAAAGGAGUGGUGGCAAAUGAUCUAUGAGAUAAUGGAUUGUAUAAACAAAUACUGGAAGUUUUUUUUUCAAAUGUGGAUUUCCUAAAUAGGAAGAGGGUUUGGGGGACCAAAUGGGCCUAUUGCGAAGCCUUGGUUUAGGUUUCGGGGCAACGGCAUCUUGACAAGGAGCUAGCACCUACCAGGAAUAUAAAUUCAUAUUUUGUUCAGAUAUUUACCAUGCAUUUUUAUGCUAUUAAAAUGUUUUGUUAAA